AUGGACAAUCUCAAAUAUUUCAGGGUUUCAAGUCGCCAGAAGAAUUGCAAUGGCGAUUCCACAUGGCAGGGCGGCCGCUCCCGAAGGAACAUGGUCAGUCCCGCCAUAAUGGUGUUGACGGCCCUAGUGGUGCUGUCAUGGCGGUUUGUCCCCGCAUUGUUUCCGACACAAGAAACACACUCUCGCCAGGCUGUUGACUUAACGGAUCCAUUCUCUUGGGACCAGGUCACUCCAUCGCGAUCACUUGAGUAUCAUGAAUGUUUCGAUGGCUUUUCCUGCGCCCGUCUUGAUGUCCCUAUGGAUUGGCAUAGGCAAGACGAUAAGGGGACUCGCAUGGCUAUCGCCAUUACCCGGCUACCUGCCAAAGUCCCCGUGACGGAUCCGCGAUACGGUGGCGCAAUUCUGAUAAAUCCCGGUGGUCCUGGAGGUUCUGGAGUUGCUCAAGUCUUAAUUUCCGGUCGCAACUUGCAAACUAUCGUCGACGCCGCGGCUGUUCCCACAGAUACGGCAGAGUCAGAGGAUCGAUACUUCGACAUCAUCGGCUUCGACCCUCGUGGGGUCAACAAUACGACCCCCGGGUUCAGUUGUUUUCCUAGCCUGUUCUCGCAAAAGAACUGGGAACUUCAAGCAGAAGCGGAUGGAAUGCUCGGUAGCUCUGUGGACUCUUUCAUGCGGAAUUGGCAACGCGCCAUCGCGCUCAACACGGGCUGCUCGCAGGCUAUUUCCACACCGUCCGAAUCUGGCGCAGAUGUACUUGGAGAGCACACAAACACGCCUCCCGUGGCCCGAGAUAUGCUGGAAAUAAUUGAGCGACACGGUGAAUGGCGUGAGAUCCAAGGAGGAGAAGCCCAACGCUUGCACGACAGAUCUAAGGGAUACGACCUAGAGCAGCGCAUCCUUACUAGGACGAAAUGGCAGCGAGACAAGGAGAAACUUUUGUACUGGGGCCGGUCAUAUGGCACUGUCCUGGGCGCUACCUUUGCGGCGCUCUUCCCCAACCGAGUUGGACGAAUUGUGCUGGAUGGCGUUGUGGACUCAGACAAAUACUACUCAGGUGUCGGGCCGGAACCCAUCAGAGACGCGGAUGCAAUUUUUGACAAGUUUGCUCUUUACUGUGAUCAAGUAGGAGAGGAAUGUCCCUUCUACGCUGCUGGAGGUCCGGCGGCUAUUAAGCAGUCCUACCAGGAAUUGGAAAAUGCCUUACUCAAUUCAUCAAUGUCUGUUCUUCCUUCGCGAUCGCGAGGGCCAGAGGUGGCAACGUGGACGGAUCUCAAGAGCGUCCUGCGGAUUGGAGUCUAUCAACCCCUCGCUGGGUUUCCAUUUCUCGCAGACAUCGCUAGCGACCUUCUCAAUGGGAAUGGAGAAAAGCUGGCCGAUUACAAGCACGCCAGACGGUCUCCCUCCUGCCCCACGGAUGAGUGUCUUGCUGCUGGACCCUGGUCGUCGGCAUGCCAAGUAUCGGGGCAAAAUGAACUCUACGCGAGCUCUGCCAUUCUCUGCUCUGACGCAGAAUACAUGCAGUCGGCUGAUGAGCAAAGCUUCAAGCAACAUUGGCGGUCUCUUCAGGAACUCAGCAGCUCUCUCGGUGAUUAUUGGUCCCACAUUCGAUUAAACUGUGCAGCAUGGAGUGUGAAGCCAAAGUGGAAGAUGCCUGUACCCGUGGCCGGAAACACUUCUUAUCCCCUGCUGUUCGUGAACAACAUUCUUGAUCCGGUUACCCCACUGCAAAGCGCCAAACACAUGCAUGGGGCUUUUCCCGGUUCGGCUUUACUCCAGCAAGACUCGGAGGGCCACUGCACCCUUGCUGCUCCGUCUGUAUGUGUAAGCACUUCCAUCCGUAGAUACUUUCAAGCCGGCGAGCUGCCGGCUGCUGGAACAGUCUGCGAUGCCGACCUGAAGCCGUUGCUGGGAAACCCGGGUAAGAUGGAGGAAGAACGUUCCGUCCGGAGUGUGGACGACGCGACUUUGUAUAAGGCACUACUUGAAGAGGCGCAGCGCAUCAGGGGUGAUUUCCCGCUCUAA